AUGGAUAUCGCUUUAUUCUACGCAAUACCAUCGUUGUUGAGAAUUUCGUUCGACGGCGUUGUGCUCUUCCAGUGUUACAGUCCUUUUCCAAUGACUGACGCUUCGCUUUACGAAAGGCGAUUCGCGUUUAGUGUUCCUAAUCAACAUCGCAGAUAUUCCUGUUCUCCUGACUUUGAGACUUCACUAGAUGUACGGCAGAGCAUGAUUUCAUGUCAAAAUGGUUUGUCAAUGACAGUAACAACUCCAGACCACUUCAAUAAAAAGCGUCAGAUGCAUCUGAAGAAGAAAACAGCCAUGGUGAUGCGAUCGAUUAUUAUAUCAGUAUUAAAUUUAGUUCUAAAUUUACCGUCACAUAUUCUUCGUACAUGGCAGACGAUUGACGACAAUGGCCUGGACCCAAAUACAAUAUCCAUUCUUGAACGUGAGUUCAGUCCUUUCUAA